GAUGCAGAAUAGAAAACUGUGAUUCUUGCUUUAGCAAAGACUUUUGUACCAAGUGCAAAGUAGGCUUUUAUUUGCAUAGAGGCCGUUGCUUUGAUGAAUGUCCAGAUGGUUUUUCACCAUUAGAUGAAACCAUGGAAUGUGUGGAAGGAUGUGAAGUUGGUCAUUGGAGUGAAUGGGGAACUUGUAGCAGAAAUAAUCGCACAUGUGGAUUUAAAUGGGGUCUGGAAACCAGAACACGGCAAAUUGUUAAAAAGCCAGCAAAGGACACGAUACCCUGUCCAACCAUUGCUGAAUCCAGGAGAUGUAAGAUGGCCAUGAGGCAUUGUCCGGGAGGAAAGAGAGCCCCGAAGGCAAAGGAGAAGAACAAGAAGAAGAAGAGGAAGCUGAUAGAAAGAGCCCAGGAGCAACACAGUGUCUUCCUAGCUACAGACAGAGCUCACCAGUAAAAUAAGAGACAUUUAGGUUAGAUUUUGGGGGAUUUUUGUUUUUGCAAAAGUGCACAAAGCUACUCUCCAUGCCUGGACACUGGUGUGCAGCAUUUAUGCUGCCAGGACCAGUAUGUGUUCCCAAUAACAUUGUGAAAGGAGGAGCCACGAGCGUGGUCUCUGUUAUUUAUGCUUCGAUUUGCAUCUGGAGACUGUGAAGGCAGGAGCGGGUGUCCGGCACGUGCCUUGGCUCCACGUGCACUGAGGGAAUGUGGCACCAAGGAGAGUCGAGGGCCGUGAGGCCCCAGACCACCACUGGAGAACAGACUUGUGCAUAUUUAUGGGAAAGAAAACACUCCACAGGCAGAGUGCUGUUUUACCUGUGACUUUGAUUUCUCACGUUGUGUAUUUGCAAGGAUAAAUGUAUGUGGAUUUCUGCUUUUAGCUGGGGGUGUGCUCCUGGGAUUCCUGCUCCGUAUCACAGCAGCUCGAACAUGUACAUAGUCUUUGGGGCUACAUCUAAACGUCUUACUGUAUAUUUAUGCCUUCUUACUUGUAACAAGUCAUACCUAAUUAAUAUUAUGUCACUUUGUUUCUAGAGGUUCCUAACCAUUGUCCAGUAAAUGACUUCUAGUUGUGCGAACUGACAGAUGUUUCGUUGCCCCUUGAAAUGUAACUUUUCUUAGAGGGCUUAUUUCUCAUUGUAAGAGUAGGAUAAGCUAGUUUGUACAUAUGCUCAAAGGACCAGUGUCAAAGAAUCUGAAUACCAAUAGGACUUCCCCCACUCUGUUUCCUCCUGCAGAUAAAGCAGCAUGUGUCAGGCAGAAGCUAAAUCUCCCUUGACCUCUAAGAUGCGAUGACUUUAUGAAACACCACUGAGAAUGUAAGGAAUUAUAUGCAGUCCCUUCUAGUAUUCGUCAUGCAGUUUCACAGGCUAGAGGAUUUUUCAAACUUUUGUUUCAACUUCAAUAUAUACAUAUUUAUUUAAAGCCAUCCCUGACUUACCAGGACAGGGUACCUAUCAAUAUUCUUGGGUCACUGAGGAAAUAACCAUAAUGAGACCAUGCACGGAAUUAGAGGAGGAAACAGUAUGAAUUCCUGUAACUGCUGCUCAGAUCUUACCAGGUCUCCUUCAAGCCAGAAUCUGUAUCUUCUCUGACAGAAGAACAUUAUGGAGACUUCCCCGGGGACUUUUGGAGCAGUUGUUUCAAAAACAUCGUUGUACACUUGGAGGAAUCAGCUCUCAGAGGGCUUUAAAUUGGCUUCUUCUAAAAGGGUCGUUAUCUUCCUGGCUAAUUCAGAAGAAAGUCAGAACAAAAUGAAAUGGUUUCAGAUGUCUAAGGAAAAAAAGCAAGGUAAAGCCUUUUUCUCACCUUGCAUUGGCAAAACUACCUCUUCAUCAUUUUUGUUUUGAGUCAAAGCAUCUUACCAGUGAAUAUCAAUGUCAUAUACAUCAUUAUGAGAAUAUUGUUGCUAUGAGAUACUAAGCCAUAUAUGAAUGUUGUAUACAACUUUAGGGUUUGCGUUUAAUCCUAAAGUGCUCACCUCAUUUCACAUCUAUUUACACUAUAUUCCUAUUUACUAAGUGGGGAAGGGGCUCCUUGAUAUAGUGCUUCAUCAUUAAUAAGUCAAUAUCUGUUCUGUUUCUGAGAUGCUCUUUUUGCGCAUUAAAAAACUUCAAAAUUA